AUGGCGCCCUUAUCCCCAGCUUCAGAGAAAGCAAUCGCUCGACUGCGCGAGUACAAGCCUCCGCCUACCAAUUAUCAUUCAGUACCACUUAGUCGGAGAGCUGCUGUCUUGCUUCUGCUCUACGCUGAUCCCGACGGGGACUUGAAGACGGUCCUGACUAUUCGAGCGAAGACUCUUAGUUCGUUUGCUGGCCAUGCUGCGUUUCCAGGAGGAAAAGCGGACUCGGACCAGGAGACUGCUUUCGAGACGGCCCGCCGAGAGGCUUCAGAGGAAACCGGCCUCCCUAAUAUAGGCGAGCCGUUGUUCCCGCCGUUCUGGAUAGAGCAUCUAUGCGAACUGCCCGCCAACCUGGCUCGAAACGAGCUUGUUGUCCGACCUUGCGUGGCCUUGUUACAUUCAUAUAAUGAGAAGACAGGCCAGAGCGCUGAUCCGGAGGUUGCCUUGAUUCCGCGGUUAGAUGCAAAGGAAGUGGCAGCCGUCUUCACGGCGCGAUUCCAUAAUUUCUUAAAAACAAGCGACGAAUCUUGUCUCGACGAUGUUGAGCGACAGCAAUCAGGUGAUUGGUAUCGGGGGUCGUGGACGACAUGGCAUGAGUCCGACUGGCGAAGUAUCCCUCCCCCUCCCCAUUCCCUUUUGCAUCAUUUCUAUGUUCCCACCUCAGAGAAGAGCGUUACUAAACCUAAACCAACAAGCAGUCAGAGCCAAAAUCAAAAGGCUGCCAUCAGCGAAUUAGAAGAACGGGAAAGGUCUGGCGAGCUGACCCGCUACAAAGUCUUUGGCAUGACAGCGCGUAUUUUGGUGGAUGCGGCUCGGCUUGCGUACCACGAGGAGCCGGAGUUCGAACACAACAGCCAUUUUGGCGACGAGGAGAUGAUUGCUAAGCUGCAGAGGAUCGGUAGACUUGGUGCGCUUAAGCGACCUGAUGAUGAACUGACUCGCGAAACCAUGCAGAAGGCUGCGAAGCUCAGUUAA